UGUGACACACGAUCACCAGAAUGCGGAAAGAGUCCCGAGGAUCUCGUUAGGGGGUUUACGGUUUUAUCAACAAAGCGUAUAAGCGGCAAUUAAACAGUUUAAUUUUCUAAUAUUUGGGCGUUUGUGUUGUCAAGAAAGAAACGGACAAUUGAAAACACAAAUCCUGCUGCUAAAAUAAAAGCAAAAUGUCAUCGGAAGAGUUUGAAAAGCUGCAGGAGAUCUUCAAGUCCCUUUAUGACGAACUGAAGUUGAUGCCUGACAGAUUACUGAGAUGUCAAGGAGAGGAGAAGAAGAGGUUGGUGCGAACUUUUGACGAAAGACACGGAGAGGCAGUGGAAGUGCUGCAGGGGAUGGAGCAGGAGUUGAUCGGCGUUCCCUCGUCCUACCGGAACGCCAUGUCCACCAGGCUGCGUCUGUUCCGCAGAGACCUGGGGAAGCUCCAGAGAGCGGUGAAGAGCUCUGACCUGUCCUCCACCUCCUCUACCCGGCCAGCAGAGGGCGCCUACGGCAUCUACUCCUCUCAGAACGAACACAGCACCCAGCUUCAGUCCCAGAGGGCCUUGCUGAUCCAGGGACACGAGCACCUGAACAACGCCAGUCAGAGUAUAGAGAGGAGUCAGCGCAUCGCCGCAGAGACAGACCAGAUCGGCGUGGACAUCAUCGAGGAGCUGGGAGAGCAGAGAGAACAGCUGGACCGCACCAGAGACAGACUGGUCAACACUGGGGAGAACCUCAGCCGGAGCAGGAAGAUCCUACGAGCCAUGUCUCGACGACUGAUGACCAACAAGCUGUUGUUAUCCGUCAUCAUUCUGAUGGAGCUGGUCAUACUGGGUGCGGUCGUCUACCUCAAGUUCUUCCGCAAGUAAUAGGUCUGCUGACGCAUCAACAAGCAGUACAUGGUCGUAGCCAGCGCUCAGCAAAGCUCUCCCUCCUCUCCCUGUCCUCUCUCCUGUCCUCUCUCCUCUCCCUGUCCUCUCUCCUCUCCCUGUCCUCUCUCCUCUCCCUGUCCUCUCUCUCCUCUCCCUGUCCCCUCUCUCCUCUCCC